AACAAUAACACCAGUUUGACGUCACUUGGGAGCCUGGUCCGGUUAGCUGUCAUCUGCGUAGAAGGGAAGGGCAUGACAUGGAGCUAAAUUUUCCGAUUUAUAGUUAUACACGCUUCGUAGUUUAUUAAACGCAUACAUUGAUUUGUUUUGGGGGGUAUUUUAUAUGUACCAAGUUAGCGGUUCCUUUCGUUUCGAUAUCUUCAACAAACAGCGGCUAGCUAGCAGGCUAACUAGCUUGUAACUUACUGUAACUGUUAAAGGUUGUUCAAACAGAAAGCCUCCUCAUGGCGUUAAUCCUGUUAACGAGGUCUCGGGCACCUUUAAUGAAAACUUCCAGGUCGUUAAAGAACGAAUUUAGGAAAAGUAAAGGGAAAGUACAAGAUGGUGCCUGUUUCAACUGCACAACGCUCAGACUGUCCAGUCAGAAACUUGAUGGGCUCCGACUUGGCAGUUUGACCCAGGUCUCUUCCUCUGGCCCUUCGCUGCCCCUGUCAGAUGGAUAUGUGGGCCCCAGCCAGAGCCCGGACUCACAACGCAUCUACUGUGCUUUUAUGCUGGGGGCCUCCUCUUCACCGUACCCCGCAAUCACAACAGGGGCCCAGUGGACAAUAGCGCGACAACAGGACAUCCCUGGAGUCAGGUGGAUACACACCUCGAGGAGGAGAUGGGACGACUCCAAGGUGGAGAAGUCUCUGCGUAUAUUAAAGGACAAGAAAAAGAAGCUGGAGGAAGGUGGGCCGGUGUACAGCCCGACUCUGGAUGCAGCACCUGUGAGAAGGACGGUCCGACAGUGGGUUGUAGAUGAAGUCAAGCACUACUACCAUGGCUUCAGGCUGCUGUGGAUUGAUACCACCAUUGCUGGGCGGAUGCUGUGGAGGGUGCUGAACGGACACCCUCUGUCCCGUCGCGAGAGGAGACAGUUCCUCAGAACAUGUGCCGACGUCUUCAGACUUGUUCCCUUCCUGGUGUUCAUCAUCGUCCCCUUCAUGGAGUUCCUGCUUCCCGUAGCUCUGAAACUCUUCCCCAACAUGCUCCCGUCCACCUUCGAGACGCAGUCAAAGAAGGAGGAGAGGUUGAAAACAGAGCUGAGAGUCAAACUGGAGAUGGCCAAGUUCUUGCAGGACACCAUCGAGGAGAUCGCUCUCCGGAACAAGGCUGACCAGGGCAACGUGACGGAGGAGUUCUCCACCUUCUUCCAGAAGAUUCGGAACUCUGGGGAACGUCCCAGUAAUGAGCAGAUCAUCAAAUUCUCCAAACUGUUUGAGGACGAGCUGACUCUGGACAACCUGACCCGACCUCAGCUGGUGGCUCUCUGCCGUCUCCUGGAGCUCCAGUCCAUCGGGACCAACAACUUCCUCCGCUUCCAGCUCAUCAUGAAGCUGAGGGCCAUCCGAGCAGAUGACAAGCUGAUCGCGGACGAAGGGGUGGAGAGUCUGAACGUGAACGAGGUGCAGGCAGCCUGUCGCGUCAGAGGGAUGAGAUCUCUGGGAGUCACAGAAGAACGUCUGCGAGAACAACUCAUCCAGUGGCUGGAGCUGCAUCUGAACCAGCAGAUCCCCACGUCCCUGCUGCUGCUGUCUCGAGCCAUGUUCCUCCCCGACACCCUGUCCCCCGCCGACCAGCUGAAGACCACACUGCAGACGCUGCCCGAGAUGGUGACGAAGGAGGCCCAGUUGAUGGUGGCAGAGAUGGAGCGCUCCAAAGUGGACAAUAAGGCUAGACUGGAGACGACGCUACAGGAGGAGGCGGCGAUACGCCAGGACAACAAUGACAGGGAGAUGGAGAGGCUGGCGGACGCUGCAGAGAAAGCUGCCAAGGAGGGGGAGUUGGAGUUUGAAGCGGAGCCGGUUAAAGCUGACAUGGCAGAGACACUGAGGGAUACAGCACCUGCCGUAGAAGGAAUCAAGUUUGAACAGUGGCAGACAUUCCUGCGCUUCCAGGGUGAGGAGAUCACCAAAGAAGAGAUUGACCUGUUGAGUGACGCAUGCUCAAAGCUGAAGGGGCAGAAGAGGCUGUUGACUCUGGAGAAAGAAGAGCUUGAAGAACUGAAGGAUGAUGUGCAGGAAUACAACGAGGACCUGGAAGAGAUAAAGAAGGAGCUUUCUAUGACUGGCCAAGAAAAGGAGCUGGAGGAGUCAAAGGCGAGCCAGCGUCUGUCGAAGAGAGUGAACCGCAUGAUCGGUCGCAUUGGCAAGAUCAUCGGGGAGCUGGAGAAGGACAAGGUCAUCCUGGACGGACAGAUGGACAGUGGAAACAGCCCACCUGUCGGUCUGUUCUACACCUUCAGGGAGAAUCUCAUCAGCAUCGACGAGCUGAUCAGCGUCAUGCGGCAGAUCCAGAACAUUCCAGAGCACAAGCUGCAGAGCAUCGCCGACUCUCUCGACGACAACAAGGACGGGAAGAUCGACAUCGACGACGUCAUCAAAGUGGUGGAACUGAUCGACAAGGAGGACAUCGACAUCUCCACCACUCAGGUGGCGGACAUCAUGGUGAUGCUGCAGAAGGAGGAGAAGCUGAUCGAGAAGGAAAAGGCCAAAGAGAAGGCUGAGAAGGAGGCGGCUACACUCAACCGCUAACUCGUAAAGAUACACAGCAGAAAAGACCACUGACUGGAACCCGGUCACAGAGAGAGGGAGGGAGGGGGGGGGGGGGUAACCGCUGCUUUCUCACAAUGCACCAUACAUUUAAAAAGAAUAUUUAAAAAUCAAAUCGAGGCUUAUUACCUUUUCAAAGCGCACAAAAUGAGAAAGAAAAACUGCUCGUCUGGACUGAUCGUGUAUUAUAUGUUGAUUUUUGGGUCUUGGUCGUUACUCAAUAACUAACUGACGGAGGGAACACAACGACACGACACCAGCUCUUCUCCAGACUUAAGAGAAUAGUUAGAUAUUUGGAAAAUCUAUAUUAUGGAGAAUUAUUGUUUAAAGUUUGAGGUGAACCGUCUUGCCUUUCAUUUCAUUCACAUCAUCAUCUCAGAGAAAUGAAAGAUCGUUUCUGUAUCAUGACCAUCAUUUAUUUAUUUUCCUCUUUUCAUUUUGUUUAUUCUUCAUACUCAUAUUAUAACCUGUUAUUUUUUCUAUAUUGUACUUGGACAGGGUAGCUUAUAGCUCGCUAUAGGAUAGAAUGGUGGCUGCAACCAAAUAUAUAUAUAAUUACACACAACGUAGAAAAUCAUUUAAAAACAUUAAAUGUUCUUUAAAGAGUAAAUUAUUCAUUCUAACAAUAAAAAAAUAAAAAAAUCAUAGCUUUACGAUUCCAUCGAUGUUUGUCCAGAAAGAUAAGGAAGAAGUUAGCAUCACUAUUAAACAUUACUGUACUGAAAUGAUCUUCACAUCUAUUCCUGUGGAGUUCAGUAGAUCUCCGUUAAACGCCAAAGUUGCACUGUGGCACAUUUAAUAACCUUUAGAUAAUUCCUAAAAGCAACAAACGGAUCAUAAUCAGUGAAGCGACUGGAAAAACUAAUCUAAUAUCGUCAGCUGCUGCUGCUUCCACGAGUCGUCGUGUUUUUGUUUUACUAGUUUCGGUCGGUCACUUGUUUGGAGGGUGUCGACGGUGAAAGUGCUUUUUGGGGACGUUAGCUGGUUUACUUUGUGCACGUGAGUCGUGCGAUAACCUUUAUGAUAUUGACCUCCAUAGUGGAAUACAAAGUGGCCUUCCCUUGACACAGAUAUUAAGGAUCAUAUUGUAUAUUUAUUUUUUGAGUAUUAUAAAGAGAGGAUAUGUCGUUUUAGUUUGGGGCUGCAGAGUCUGGAUGAAGUUGUGGUUCGAGGCACAGACUGAGUCCUCGGUUAGUUUUUUUUAUUUGCACGGCAGCGAUGAAUGUGUGUCGGACUGGACGAAGUGAUGAUUUCAGAUAAUAAUACGGACCUUUAUAUUCCUCUCGCUGCCAUUUAUUCUACGGCGUCCACUCUGCAGGCUGCUCGGCCGCAGCGUGUUGGACAACAUAUUCCAGUUAGAGCUGCAUCUAAUGAUCAUUUAGAUUUGUUUAAACGUUUAUCAUAUAAAACCUUAUAGCUGACGUUGUUUUGUCCCACCAACAUCUAUGAUCUUUGGGUUUAAUUUACAAUUAGAUACCAAUAAAUGACUUAUAAAAGUAAUGGAUUACAUUUCUGUCAAUAGACGGAUUGUUUAAUGGAAUACUUUCAGCGCUAACUUCCACUAAAGUUGUUUUCUGAAGCAUGUAAUGUUUAAAUAACGCGAUAAUUAAAUGACUACCUACUGACAACACAUACAGCUUCACUAACUGAAUGUUGGGGAUUAGCUUCAUGUUAGUUUUCAAUCUGUUGUUUAGAAAUGAAAAUGUUAGGAAUCAAGAGAAACAUUAGUUUUGUUCUCAUGUGACAGGAUGGAGCUUCAGCUGAGGUGCUGCUCCUGCUGCGUGCAGUGCGGACUGACGGUUGAAUUGCAUGUUGGGUAGUUUGUGGUCACCACCACGGUUACAGAGGUGUAAACGUUAGAAGACAAAGUGGUACUUGAGAUAACGCUGUCCUCCGCGUGGAUGAUUAAGAGCUCGUCCCGGUUCAGACCCAGCGCUGCCUGGGAGCAGUCAGACUGACGGGUGCUGGGUAAACACUCGCCCCAUACAUGGGCCACAGCCAGCUCCUCUGGAGGGUUGUGUUUAGGUUACAGACGAUCCGGCGGGACAUGGCAUGCUCUCCGCCGCAUAAAUCAGCAGUCGGUGUAAACACGUCACGGGAACGCUGCGACAUCUUCUCGAUUACACUCUGCAGGAGAGAGCGGUGUCUGCGGUCGGGCUCAGAGGAGCGCCGUGCACAUCAGCACCACUGCCACUGUUUCCAGGCACAAAGGGCGUGAGACCGUGACGUACGCCAGGGCAUGCACGGCUGUAGAGAUCAAUACUGAAGGUUCCAGGUCAGGAGACUCAAAGGCCUCUGUGUUGACGCAGAGUUAACAUGUGAGACAAUGCAGAAGAAUCACCGUCUGCCAUCAAAGUGCUCGUUUUAAACCGCGCACGAUAAUCUGUAGACGUUAAAUAUAGAAACAGACAGAAAAGCAGUCGAGAAGCUGGAACCAGACCGAUGUUUCUCAUUAUUGCGUCAUAAAUGACAUGUUGUAGGCCUAUUCAUCACUUCAUACAGGUGUAUGGACGCGAGCAUAUUUCCCACCUGCUACCAGGAAAUGAUUAUGAUCUAUAAAAACCUUAAAAUGCAUUUAAGAAAUCCUGUAAAACUAAAAACAGCUUUAAUUUACAAAACCCCAAAUCAAAGACUUGUGCAGCCGUGCAUGAAGGUUUGUGAGCUCGUCUGCGGCUGCAGUGUGAGGAGCAGCAGUGUUGUCGACCUCCGGGGGGGGGGGGGGCGAGGAAAGGAAAGGAGACGUGCAGUUUGCAGCAGAAGCAUUUUGACAGCGAGCUUAAAGAAGUUCAUUGUAAAUAAAGUUUUAGUGACUUUAAUUUGACAUUUUUAGGCGUGUUGGAAGAAGAAAUGGCUGAUGUGUGUGUGUGUGUGUGUGUGUGUGUGUGUGUGUGUGUGUGUGUUAACUGUUUGGACUCAGGGUGUGAAUGUGGUGCGAGCGGCUUCAGUACCAGCAGGGAGCUCAAGUUGUUGUGAUCUACGAUACAAAACCGUCCUAAAAGAUUCCUGUUGAGUUUGAGAAGUCGUAGAUCUUAGAACAAAUUCUUAAAGCAAUAAGUCGUCGAUGCUUCUUGUACCUUUUUUCUUUUUUUAGAAUUGAGUUUUUCUCCCUUUUUGAGGCGGAUCAAGUGUGUUGGAUUUGUUAAAAUCAUGCUGUCAGAAAGAAGACGUUGUGAUGAAGACGUGCACUCGGCUUCUCUUCUUCGUCUGAUGACCUGAGAGGUGACGCACGUGUAGUUGAUACUUGUAUGGGACUUUUUUUUAGGACCGAUGAACCCACUUUUACACUCUUCUUAUCACUAGAGUGCUACUUUAUGUAGGAUGUAUAGAAAUCUUCUCUUGAGGUGGAAGGAGGACAAGUGUUGCAGCUGGAGGUGGAUCAGUCGGGUACACACUCAGAGGAGCAGCUCACACCUCUCAGGUCUGGAAACUGAAAAUGAAUCUGGUGUAGGAAACUACUUUUAACUGCAUAAUAAGUAAUAAGUGCAGCCACCAUGUUUUUACACAGGAAACGUGUCCUCAUGGUGUGUUCAGGCACAAAGCGGAGAGAUGCCUGAACACACUAAAGAGUCAUUUACUGCUUGGAAAUGUCUAAAAGCCUCAUGUUGGCAGUCUAUUAGUUUACAUGAGAAUAAUAAUAUAAUCCCCAAUUAUACUCCAAUCCAGUGUUUAAAUUAAAAAAUCUCCUUUUGAAAUGUUGCAGUUUAAUUAAGCAAUCCUAUUUAAAAUGGAAAUCAAAUAUUAGUCGUUAAAUCAAUAAAAGAUAUAGCCCAGCUGGAGUUUUGGAUUUGAGAUAAUUGUCAUGUUGUUUAUUUAUUUAAUCAAACUUUCCAAAGUAAUUUCUUUUUCUUCGUCCAGAUGUGGAGAAGUUCUUCAAGGUUUUAUUUUAUUUAUUAAACUCGACUCUCAAAUGUAUGAAAAGAAGCAGCUUAGUGUUUUUUGUGUUGUUUUUUUUUAACACAAAUCAAGUGUUCGUGUACAGAAACAUCAUUUACUAAAUAAAUCACACGUGUUGAAUAAA